AUGAAAAAGGCGAAGAAAACGGAAGACGGUGGUUCUACAUGUAUCAACAUGGACAGGAUAUCCAAGUUGCCCGAAGAAAUAUUGCAGAGAAUACUUUAUUUUCUCUCCCAAAAACAGGCUGUUCGAACAUCUGUCUUGUCGAAAUCGUGGCGUAAUAUUUGGUGUACGCGUCCCAAUCUUGAUUUCUCCGACGACACCUUCAAAGGUAACAAACAAUAUUUUCUGUCCGUUGUGAACAACACUUUACAGCGAUACCGCGAUCAAAGGUUGUGCGUGAAGAAAUUCCACCUUCGUAUAUCGCUAGGCGACAAUACAUAUAAAGAAUCGGUUUCGUUUCUCGAGAAAUGGGUCCCGAGAUUCACAGCAAUGGGCGUCGGGGCGUUUCGUCUUUCUAUUCUGUCAAAAAACGAGUGCGUGGAUAUGUCGUCGGUCGUCUUUAAAGCCGAAUCUCUCAAGCUUUUGCGCCUGUUUAAUUGCGAUUUGGGCCAAAAUACCCCCAAGAAUAUACCUUUCGUGCGUCUAACGGUACUUCGCCUCAUCAAGGUCUUGAUCAACAAAGAUAUUUUCAACAAGAUAGUAUGGAGCUGCCCUUUGCUCACAACUAUGUUGAUCGAACAGUGUAGAGGUUUGGAAAACGUCACGUUGGAGAAGACGCGUCACAAAUAUCUCAAGCACUUCACUUUUCGCACAAUAGACGAUCGAUGCAGCGUCGAGAUCGACAUCCUGACUCUCGAAACAAUCGAUAUCUUGGGAUGCCAG